AUGCGCGGCCCCGCCCCCGGCCGAGCCACGGGGGCGUGCCCGGUUCCCGCCAGCCCCUCCACGUCAAUCAGCCCUCCUUCUCCCACACUCGGCACCUUGUUGUUAAUCUCCAUCCGCAGCUCGCGCGGCGGCCGCCUCCUCUCUUCCCCCGGUCUGGGGGCUCGGAACGUGGGCGGCGUGAGUGAGAGAAAGGACCGGAAGGCGGCGGGCGCCGAGGCCGCGGCCUCAGCCAGCAGGCGAAGCCCAGCGCCGAGCCCCUCAGCUCACGGCGGCGGGCCCAGGCCGGAGGCGCGGAGCCGGGCCCCGCGGAGCCGCCUCAGCCAGCCCUCGGAGCGGGGCCGCCCAGCCGCGGCCUCCGCCUCGGCCCUCCCCACGGCCCGGCCCGGCCCGGCCCGGCCGCCCCGCGCCCCUCCCGGCCGGUGCCUGUCCCCGCCGGCGGGCUGCCUGCAUGUCUUGGCUGCCCUCAGCCCCGCCGCCCCCGCCGUCCCCGCCGCCGCCGCCGCGCCGCCUCCCCCGCUUGCCCCGCCGCCGCCGCCGCUGCCGCUGCCGCCGCCCGGAGCCCGGCGCGCUGGAUGCAGACUAACAGGGAUGCCAAAAGAAAAAUAUGAUCCCCCAGAUCCUCGCAGAAUUUACACCAUCAUGUCAGCAGAGGAGGUAGCCAACGGAAAGAAAUCUCACUGGACAGAAUUAGAAAUCUCUGGUAGAGUGCGGAGCUUAAGUCCAGCACUGUGGUCAUUGACACAUUUGACAGCUCUGCACCUAAAUGACAAUUAUCUUACUCGCAUUCCACCUGAUAUUGCCAAGCUUCAUAAUCUAGUUUACUUGGAUUUGUCGUCCAAUAAACUCAGAAGUUUACCAGCAGAACUAGGAAACAUGGUGUCUCUCAGGGAAUUGCUUUUAAAUAACAAUCUGUUACGGGUUUUGCCUUAUGAACUUGGUCGGCUCUUCCAGCUACAAACGUUAGGUUUGAAAGGCAAUCCUCUAUCACAGGAUAUUCUCAGCUUAUACCAGGACCCCGAUGGAACCCGAAAGCUACUGAACUACAUGCUUGACAAUCUAGCAGUUCAUCCAGAGCAGCUUCCUCCGAGGCCAUGGAUUACACUAAAAGAACGAGACCAAAUUCUGCCCUCAGCAUCAUUCACGGUUAUGUGUUAUAAUGUGUUAUGUGAUAAAUACGCCACCCGGCAGCUAUAUGGCUACUGCCCAUCCUGGGCAUUAAACUGGGAGUACAGGAAAAAGGGAAUUAUGGAAGAAAUUGUUAACUGUGAUGCAGAUAUCAUUAGUCUUCAGGAAGUGGAAACAGAGCAAUACUUUACCCUCUUUCUGCCAGCAUUAAAGGAGCGUGGAUAUGAUGGAUUUUUUUCUCCAAAGUCACGUGCCAAAAUCAUGUCUGAGCAGGAGAGAAAACAUGUGGACGGUUGUGCAAUAUUCUUCAAAACAGAAAAAUUCACGCUGGUGCAGAAGCACACGGUGGAAUUUAACCAGGUUGCCAUGGCGAAUUCCGAUGGAUCAGAAGCCAUGCUGAACAGAGUCAUGACGAAGGAUAACAUUGGCGUGGCUGUGGUUUUAGAGGUCCACAAAGAAUUAUUUGGAGCAGGUAUGAAGCCUAUUCAUGCUGUGGACAAACAGCUACUUAUUGUGGCAAAUGCCCAUAUGCAUUGGGAUCCAGAAUAUUCUGAUGUGAAACUCAUUCAAACUAUGAUGUUUGUCUCGGAAGUAAAAAACAUCCUGGAGAAAGCCUCUAGUAGACCUGGUAGUCCAUCUGCAGACCCUAAUUCCAUCCCGCUGGUGCUAUGUGCGGAUCUUAAUUCAUUGCCAGAUUCAGGUGUUGUGGAAUAUUUGAGCAGUGGAGGAGUAGCCGACAACCAUAAGGAUUUUAAGGAACUGCGCUAUAACGAGUGUCUCAUGAACUUCAGCUGUAGUGGGAAAAACGGUACCUCAGAAGGAAGAAUCACGCAUGGCUUCCAGCUCCAGAGCGCCUAUGAAAAUAACUUGAUGCCUUACACAAAUUAUACCUUUGACUUUAAAGGUGUGAUUGACUACAUUUUCUAUUCCAAGACUCAUAUGAACGUGCUUGGUGUCCUGGGGCCUUUAGAUCCUCAGUGGCUGGUUGAGAACAACAUCACUGGGUGUCCACACCCGCACAUCCCUUCAGACCACUUCUCACUGUUAACACAACUUGAACUCCACCCUCCCCUCCUGCCUCUCGUCAAUGGUGUUCACUUGCCCAAUCGGAGGUAGUGGCGUCCAGCCCUGCCGAGGCGGGGAUCUAUGGACCUGUACAGUUGUAAAUCAAAGUGUGUAGGAGUGAAGUAUGGCCAUCCUUAAGCUGCUUCUUCAGGCUCCUUUCAUUAUGUGUUUGCUAUAAGAUUUUGCACAUUUUGGUGCAUAGUGGUAUCAUUUGGCACUAGGGCUGGAACCAAAGUAUUGCUCCCUUUCUGCGUUUUUAAUUUAGUGUGUUUUAAAUAUUGGGCCUGUUUCGUAUUCUUAUUAAAGAGUUAGCUUUCGUAGUGGAGAAAUGAUCAGUUGAAGGUCCAACAGUAUGUAUUUAUUGCUCCAAGAAGCAUUUUCUGCCUAAUUAUAUAAAAAUGAGCUAUCCAUCUUUUAAAAUAAAAUGUUUUCUUUUAAUUACAUUAAGAAAAUUGGAAAAUGGAACGGUUUCUCUUGCAAGGAAAUGCUUGUUCUUUACUACAAACCGGUUUGCCUCUCCAGCUCACUCUGCACAUUAGUAUAUCAUACUUAACGUAAAUACAUCUGUGUGUGUACGUAUCUAUGUAUAUAACUGUGAUCUACACACACAAAUACACGCUUUGAAAAUAAAGCGCUUAAUAGUACAGUGUUUUGUUGGGCAAACUUUCUGGCAUUUUGGGACGAACACAAAUAAGACCCCCUUACCUGUUAUACAUUUGUAGGUCUUAGGUUAUUGGUGAGACCUAGAGCUGUCUCUCAACUUGAUUACUGGGGAAACAGUGGGAAAUACACAUUGCCACAUGGCUUGAAAAUAAAAUUUGAUCCGUUUGAUGGUGGAGUGCAUACUUCCUAUAGAUGGCGAUUUUUUUUGUCUAGUCCUAUCCAACUUUUUUUUUCCUCCUUGCUUUGCUGCAUAGCAGACCUUGAAUAUCAAAAGCGUUGCCAAUAUGACCUAUCGGCCAUCUCCCUGACACAGCCAGAGACCUCAGGUUCAAGAGGACAACGAUCCAGUCACAGGAAUGCUAGGCAUGGCCCAGGGUGUAUAUAUAAUGAGGAAGUAGCCGCCAGGUGACCUCUUUGGUUUAAGAAGGAUUUGGGGAGAUUUACAACAGGGAGAGUAGCUCCAGACCAUGCCUUGGAUUAUUUUUCCUGACCCUAGCUGCCAAAUAACCAUCAUAUGCUUUUACAAAAUCCUUGUUUCUGUUCUCUGUCAGGGUUGAAUUAAGAAGCUGCUGGUUCGUUCCCGACUGUUGAUGCUCUUUAAAUGUGUGAUUUAUGCCCAGGCGGGGCCAGUGCAAAAAAAACACCUGUGCCUCAGGAGGCAGUAAACAUAAUGCAAUUUUCUGGGGGGUGGGGGAAGAAUUAGUUGGCUGUUUGAUGUUAAUUAUGGCACAGUAAUAGGAAAAGGUCGUGUCUGUGUUUUUAAGUUUUUCUUUAUUCUGCUUUUUUGCUGCUAUAAGAGUUUCCUGAAAUUUAUAUUUUAAACUUUUCAUGCACUUUACUGUUUCUAGUCUCAAAAUGUGAUAUUUUUAUUAAACAAAAAAUUUUCCAUUAUGUGAGUGAAACUUUAAAAUAGCCUAUAUUUGUCUCUCCGUAUAAAAACAUGUAGGUCAAAAUUUAAAUUAAUUAGUU